AUGCGAGUUUCAGAUUUUCGAUCGACUAUCGUUUCCUUCCUUUGUACUAGCCUCGAGUGUUCACUUCCACGCACAGUUCGAACGACACUUCAUAUGUCCGGAAUCGCGCCUAGAUUCAUUUCUGAGAAGGAUGUGGAGGCUAGAAGAAAGACCCAGGAGGAGGAGGGAGUAGUUGAAGAACCCUAUGACGCGCGCUCUCUGUAUGAACGUCUCCAGAUUGAAAAGGAUCGGAAGCAGGAAGAAUUCGAGGCGCAGGUGGCAUUGAAGAACCGGGUUCAUCGCUUGGAUGAAGAGGAAGUUGAAUAUCUUCAAACACUUGCAGUGAGACAGCACAAAGUGGAGCUCGAAAAAGAGGAGGAAAUCGCUGCGUUGUUGCUCGUCUCCCAAUCUGACACACCCAUGAGACCUUCCCCAGUUCGUUCUGGACCAAGCCAGCGAGCCCUUCUUGCCAAUGCGCUUAAGCGACCAUCUGGACUACCCGAAAUGGCUUUACCUCCGAAACCCAAAACAGCGCGUACGGAACAUACAGGUACCGUCCAACCAGCUGAUCCGCAAAAUGGCGAUGUACCGCUGGAUCACGUAACACCAUAUCCAGGGAACUCGCAGACCAGCUUUGGUCUCACGGCCUAUUCUGAUUCUGACUCCAGUGAAUCCAGUGACAGCGAGUCUGGGUCCACCGACGUUGAAGAUGCUGCAUGUACACUGAUGGAAGUUGCUGCUACACGACUGCGAAAAAGCAAACCAUCAAACAGCGAAGAUGCUUGAAGUUAUAUCGACCCAUUUAUGCUGUACAGCAUCGCAUUUUUCUCCGUUUAUGUCUGUGAACAGCGUUGUCAAAGAUUCAACUGUUUCCAAUGCCUUUCUAAUGGACUUCGACCUCUAGCUGUUACUUGGCGGUGUUUACUCUACAGUUUGGGCAUAUAUUAC